CAUUCUGGGCACCGUCUACCCAGCCCUUAGGAUGCACUUGCAUCUUAUGCAUACAUUACAUGUUAUAUAUACAUUAAAUGUUAUACAUACAUAUAACUGCAUGGCAACGUCUACCAUAUCUUAUGCAUACAAUACAUGUUACCCAUACAUUACAUGUUACAUAUAUCUAACUGCAUGCCUGCAUGCUAAUGCAUCCUAAGGGCUGGUUCUGGCUCCUCUCCCCUGCGUCCAUCCUCUGUUAGAAAUCCAAUUAGAGUCUCCCCUGCAGAUCAGUGAAAAAUAUGCAUCAGUAUCUUACUUUGCUAAACAUAUUAUUUAUACUGGAUAGAGAGAGCACACCCCGGGCUUCUGCUCAACCCGCAUGCUGCGAUCAAUGCAUCAGGACUGUUGCUGAUUUAAUUGCUUUCCUCGAUCCCAUUCAGAACUCUGAGGCUUAUGAUUUUAAUGUACUUUUCUGCGAUUCCUCUUUUCACAAGGAAGUUCUAGUUCUUUUGUAUUGAGUAAUCUGUGCUCUUUCCCAGUUUCUUAUAUAUUCACCGACUCCCCACUAUGCAGAGAAAUCUUGAACAUCAACUUUAUUUUGUUGAAAGUUAUGAUACAGUGUUUAUUAGGCGAUUUUCUUUCUAGCCAAGCCAGGAUGCUUCCUUCAUGUAUCAGAUUUCUAUGGCAAAAAGAGCACUUAAAACUCAUGCACAUUGAUUAAAUUUUGUGUUUACUCAUGACCAAAUUCAGAAGGAAACCAAAGCUUAUCAUUACAUCUACCACCCAGAGAACUAUGGUAAGCAGAAACUUGUUUAUACUAUUUGAUGGGUUUCAGCGGAGUAAACCCUACAUGCGUGUUCGGUAUGUAUCAUUUCUUAAUGCCAAUAUUUCCUUGGAAAAAGACAAGUGGAUACAUGAGGAACAGUUGAAGAAUCCAUUGCAAACAUUACAUAUUAUGGAGCAACAAGGCAUUCCCACAGAUUCAAAUAUCUACGCUCUCCUCUUCCAGGAAUGUGCAGAAACAUGUUCUCCUAAUAAAGGGAAACUGCUCCAUGCACAUUCCAUCAUAAAAGGAAUAGUGCCCACAGUGUUUAUGAGCAACCAUCUGGUCAAUAUGUAUGCCAAGUGCGGAAAUAUUGAGGAUGCACGCAAAGUGUUUGAUAAAAUUCCUGUUAGAAAUAUGUAUUCAUGGAACACUAUGAUUGCAGGUUACGUAAAGUGCGGGAGCCUUCAUCAUGCACAUGAUUUAUUUGAAAAAAUGCCUCAACGUAAUGUGGUCUCAUGGAACACCAUCAUUUCAGGAUGUGGGCUUAAUGGGCAAGGUAAGGAAGCAUUGAAUCUUUUUUGUGAGAUGCGAGAGAAAGGCAUUGAUCUUGACCAUUUUACGUGUUCAAGUGUUAUAAGCGUGUGUGCUGAAUUGAAAGCUAUUCCACAGGGAAAGCAAGUCCAUUCUUAUGUGACCAAAGCUGGGUUUGAUUCACAUGUGAGUGUCAACAAUGCCCUUGUUACAAUGUAUGUCAAAUAUGAGGACGUAGAGGAUGCAUGCCAAUUGUUUGCCAAAAUGCCUGAACGAAAUGAGAUUUCAUGGAAUGCUAUGAUUGUUGGGUUUGCCCAACACAGGCUUAGCGUGGAAGCCCUUGAACUCUUUGAUCAAAUGGUUGGUGUAGGAUUGAAACCGGACCACUUCACCAUGGCCAGUGUACUCACUGCCUUUGCAAAUCUUGAAGAUCUGCACAAGGGGAUUCAGUUUCAUGCCCACAUAAUUGUAAGUGAUUAUGGAAGAAAUGCGGUUGUGGGAUGUGCUCUGGUUGAUAUGUAUGCCAAAUGUGGUAGCAUAGCUGGUGCUCAGAAAGUGUUUGAAAGAUUGCAUGCGAGAGAUACAGUGGUGUGGAAUUCAAUGCUCUCAGGAUAUUCACAGAAUGAUUACUGUGAAGAUGCGCUGAAGUUGUUUACUCAAAUGCGGCGAAAGAGCGUAAAACCAGAUGAAUGCAGCUUUGUCUGUUUACUUAGUGUAUGUGGUGGUCUUGCAGCUUUGGAACUGGGGGAGCAGAUUCAUGCCCUUCUCAUGAGAACUGAAUUUGGUUUAUAUGUUUCUGUUGGCAAUGCUCUUAUUACAAUGUAUUCCAAAUGCGGAUGCAUAGAAGUUGCAUGCUACUUAUUUAACAAAAUGCCUAAACGAGAUGUAGUCUCUUGCAAUGCCAUGAUUGCAGGCCAUGCCCAACAUGGUUGUGGUAAGGAAGCUCUCGAAGUACUUGAAAAAAUGCUAGAUGAAGGCAGCAAGCCGACUCAUGUGACCUUCAUUGCUGUUCUCUCUGCCUGUAGUCACACAGGGCUAGUGGAUGAAGGGAGGCGCUAUUUUGAAUCCAUGAGCCAACACCAUUGCAUUAGUCCCACUGUGGACCACUACAACUGCAUGAUUGAUCUUCUUGGUCGUGCUGGACAAUUCGAAGAGGUAGAAAAUUUAAUCAGAAACAUGCCAUUUGAUCCUGGUGCAGUUGGAUGGGCAGCAUUGCUUGGUGCCUGCAGAAGCCAUGGAAAUGUAGAGCUAGGGAGCCAUGCAGCAGAUCGCCUUUUAAAGUUGGAACCAGAAAAUGCUGCAUCAUAUGUCAUGCUGGCAAAUAUGUAUGCUGCUGCUGAUAAAUGGAAUGACGUAACUAGAGUAAGAAGAAUGAUGAAAGACAAGGGAGUCAAGAAGAAGCCUGGAUGUAGUUGGAUUGAGAUAAAUAAGAAAGUUCAUGCUUUUGUUGCUGGAGACAGAUCACACCCACAAAUGAAAGAGAUAUAUGCAACUUUGGAAAUCUUAGCAUCAAAGCUGAAGGAGGCAGGGUAUGUACCGGAUACAAGGUUUUCCCUGCUUCAUGACACAGAGGAAGAACAAAAAGGACACACGCUCUCUCACGAUUGUGAAAAAUCUGCUCUUGCAUUUGGGUGAACUCUCACCUUUCGCAACCCCACAAAUUAUUAAAAACCUUCACAUUUGUAAUUCAUGUCAUACAACCUUCAAAUUCAUUUCCAGAAUUUCCGCACAAGGAUACUAACCACUUUCAUCAUUCUAAAAAUGGUCUAUGUUCAGGUACAUGCUAUUGUUGACAUCAACUAAACAAACGACCAAUUAUUUGAAGCCUGUUUUCUAUUGGGCUACGUUGUGUUCCAAAAUAUUUCGAAGACAGCCAAACGGCAUAAACAUUUUAGCCAUGCCAGCCUUGGCAAUACAUGAAUUGUAUAUGAAGUAGUGAAAAAAUGGGUAAAAAUGCUACACUCGCCAUUUUUAUCCAGCAUAUAGGUAAACAUUUAGCCUGUUGAGAAGAAUUAUAUUUCUUGGAUGGCUCUGAUGAACUCGUUUAGUUUUUCAUUUUUCCUAAAUUCCUGUAGAUAUUUUCCAGUGGACUUCUCCUGCCCCAAAGUCAUCACUCAAUUAUAAACAUCGAGACUCUCAAUGUCAGCAGUGAACUGUUCACAGUAAUGAAACAAGGGUACACCAAUCUCUCUUCAUAGUUUUUCUC